AUGGUUCUUUUUCGUUCCUCUCUGUCCGAACUAUACACUUCAGUUAAUACUGAGAGAAACGCACCAGCCGCCGACACACCACAACCGAGCAACACCCUAGAUUCCUACACGCAACUACGCAAGCUGGCAGAUGCACAUCAGACAUUCACAAUGAAUGGCGAGAUCAGCAACAAGCAACUACGAAAAGUGACUGGUGAGCUUAGCCUCCUGUCUCGAUCAGAUGGAUCUGCUAGUCUUUGCAGUGGGGACACGAGCAUGAUUGCCUCGGUGUAUGGUCCUGCUGAGGUCAAAAUUGCCAAAGAACAAAUAAGCAGAGCGACAGUUGAGGUUACGUACAGGCCCAAAUCUGGCAUGCCGGGUUGCAAUGAAAAACUCAAAGAAAAUAUCAUCUGUAACACCUGUGAAUCUGUCAUCCUUACCUGUCUUCAUCCACGCUCGUCUGUCAGUUUAACCAUUCAGGAACUUCAUCAUGCAGGAUCACAGCUGGCCUGCGCUUUAAAUGUGGCCAAUUUAGCCUUACUCGAUGCAAAUGUAAACAUGAAGUUUAUGGUAGCCGCUGUAAAUUGUGCUUUCACAGACAAGGGUCAGUUGAUUCUUGACCCGACUCUAAAAGAAGAACAAGCAGCACGAGUAACAAUGACGUUUGCCUUUGACAGUGUCUCCAAAGAUAUUUUAACUGUAUACACAACAGGACUGUACACUGAGGAAGAAUUUGACACAGCACUUAAAGCUUGCAAGGCAGCAUCUGUAGAAAUUUUUAACUUUUAUAAGGAAAUCAUGCAGAAGAAUCUAUCAAAAGAAUAA